UCUCGUCGGACACCGACGUCCCUCCUUCAGUUCAAGGCCACGUUAUCAGGUGCGGACAAAGCCUUACCUGACUGGCUUCCAGGCUCGGCACCAUGCAUUGAAAGCCGGUCCAACUGGACUGGUGUCAUAUGUGAAGGUGGCAACGUAUACGGGUUACAACUAGAGAACAUGAAGCUAUCUGGGACAUUGGAUUUUGACCCUCUCGGCGCGUUGGGUGGGUUGCGGACCUUGAGCUUUGCGGACAAUGAUUUGGUUGGGUUGAUGCCGAGUUUGGAUAAAGUGGGCGCGUUGAAGGCGUUGUAUUUAACGAGGAACAAGUUGUCUGGUGUGAUCCCUGAUCAGGCUUUCUCGGUGACCAUGUCACUGAAGAAGGUGCACUUGUCCGAGAACCGUUUCUCGGGGCCUAUCCCGAGCUCGUUGGUGGACGUGCCCAAGUUACUUGAAGUCGUGUUGGAUGGGAAUGAAUUUAGCGGUGCAAUACCGGAUCUCCGGCAACCCGGACUCAAGUUGUUCAAUGUGUCUGACAAUAACCUUGAGGGUCCUAUUCCUGUAUCUCUCAGCCAGAUGGACGCAUCCUUCUUUGCAGGUAAUAAGGGUCUUUGUGGGGCCCCACUCAACAACGAUCCAUGUAACACCACUAAACUUACACCGGCGGAAGCAUCCCACAAGUCGAAAAAGGUCUCUACUUCUCUAGUGGUAGCCAUUGUAGUAAUUGCCAUCAUUGUGGCUUUGGGUCUUAUAGUCAUCUUUUGCAUCAAACGUCGUCGUCACCGAUCAGUGUCUUCCAAACAACUCCACAGAGUAGAGCCCACAGAUGCAGACAAACUAGAACAAGGAGUUUCUCAGACUCAGCACAGUUCAGUUGCCAUGAAGUCUCCAAAGGAUGCUGAGCAUGGGAAGUUGGUGUUUGUCAGGGAGGUUGGAGUUAGGUUCCAACUGCAAGAUCUACUCAAGGCUUCAGCUGAAGUGCUAGGGAGUGGGAACUUUGGUUCAUCUUACAAGGCUGUUCUUGUGAACAACCAUGCUGUGGUUGUCAAGAGGUUUAGGGAGAUGAAUGGUGUUGGGAGGGAGGAUUUCCAAGAGCACAUGAGAAGGCUGGGGAGGUUAUCUCAUCCUAAUUUACUCCCUCUCUUAUCUUACUAUUACAGGAGAGAAGAAAAACUUUUGGUCACUGAUUACUUCCCCAAUGGAAGCUUGGCUCAUUUGCUCCACCAUGGUAUGCAUGGUUCAAACAUUACAUCAUUGGAUUGGGAUACAAGGUUGAAGAUAGUCAAGGGAGUAGGAAGAGGACUUGCUUAUCUCUAUGAUGAACUACCAAUGAUAGAUGUACCACAUGGUCACUUGAAGUCAUCUAAUGUGUUGCUGGAUGAGAACUAUGAACCUGUUCUCACUGAUUAUGCUCUUGUGCCAGUGAUGAAUAAGUCUCAUGCAACACAGGUCAUGGUGGCAUUUAAGUCUCCUGAGUUCACAGAGUAUGGCAGAACUUCAAGGAAAAGUGAUGUUUGGAGCUUUGGGAUUCUGAUAUUAGAGAUACUGACAGGAAAAUUCCCUGCAAAUUAUCUACGACCAGAUAAGUCUGGAGCUGAUUUGGCAAGUUGGGUGAACUCUGUUGUAAGAGAAGAAUGGACAGGUGAAGUGUUUGAUCCAGAGAUGAAAGGUACUGAGCAUUGUGAAGGUGAAAUGCUGAAGUUGUUGAAGAUUGGACUGGAUUGUUGUGAGAGAGAUGUGGAGAAAAGAUUGGAGUUGAAACAGGUGUUGGCCAAGAUUGAGGAACUGAGGGUGAUGGAGGGUGAUGAGGAGGCUGGUUCUUAUGUCAGUGAGGAGGGGGUGUCCUCCAAAACUGUCACUGAAAAUGAGUUCUCAUUCUCCAGAACCCAUUGAUUUAUAAAUUAAUA